AUGCCCUACCUGGGCAGGUCAGGCAAUGAACCCAUUGACCUGACUGGAAGCGAUAACGAAGAUGAUCUUCCUCAGCCAGGUGCCAAGAGAGCGCGCGUUAACGGAGUCGACAAUUCGUUCAUCCCUCAGCUCCCAACUCGAGAGGACCAUCUACUUGCUACUAGAGCUAAUCCAAACCAGGUCUUAUUUCCUAAUUUUCAGCCUUUAUCUCAGCCUCUGGCUAUUCAACCACAGUGGAUAUCACAAUCAACCCCUGCACCCUUCCAAGGGCGCGCUUGGUCAUCUCAACCUACCCACAUCCAACUCUCACAACAACUCGCUGCUUUAAACAGAGCGCAAAUGCGAUCAACCCCCUCGUCUCUUCCUUCGCACGUGAUCUCGGCCCCGCCUCAAACCCAAUUCGGUCAGAAUCCACCCCAUAUCAUCGACCUAACUCGAGAGUCGCCCAUGUCAAGAUCACCUUCUAUACAACCAAUGCAACCAACAUCUGCACCGAAUCAAACGCUAGUGCUGGAUGACAACCUCCCCCCAACUACGACUAUACUAAUAGGACAAAUCACUGUCUCAGCUUUAGUACUCAACCCAGUUCCAUAUAUACAACAGCAAACACCAGGUGCAAACAGCCAAUAUUCAAACUCUAUGGAUUACGUGCCAGUCAAGCUCCGACCGGCUAAUGAGAAACCAGAUGCGCACGACAUUUUAGUCUUCACACCGGCUCAGUCACGCAAUGGCAGCCUCAUAGCCCCGGAAAGCUUCGCUGUAGUGGAAUCAAAAGUAUCUGUCAAACUUCAACCUCUCAUGAACAAGCGAGCACUCAAGCUAGAAGGCAUGAUGAGAACAGUUCAAAGUGGCUCCAACGUAUGUUUCUCUGACCCAUAUGUUUUUCCUUCUUACCUGUUAAAUAAGGUCCUCGUGAACCCGAUGGUAAUCUUGGUUUUGACCGCCAAGGGCAAUGUGUCUCAGAUAGCCGAAUU